CCCCCAACUCUCCCCUGUCCCCCCUCACUCCUCCCCAGUGCCUGGCCCUGGCCGGUGCCAUCUCUCCGCCUUUCUUCCUGGCUGCCCCCAUGGCCCUGGCCCCGUUGUCACCUCCUGCCCCUCUGGUGCCAGCUGGGAUGUCUCCUGGGAGUCCCGGUGCUCCGGUCUCUCCACUGGUUACAGUUGCUCCUUCUGUUGCCAAGAGCUGUCCCAUGGGCCCUGCCCCGGUGGCCCCGGCUGCUGCUCCUACAGCUCCAGCUGCGGGAGACCCGGUCCCUCCCUCCGUGGCCAGGACACCUCCCGGGAGCCUGGACCCUCAGGCAGCGCCUGCCGCUGCGGCUGCUCCCAUCACUCCUGUCCUGUCCAAACCCUCUCCGGGAGCUGCUCCAUCUCCCCCAGGGCCACCGACAGCAGCAGCUCCCAGUGCUGCACCAGCAGUGGCCACGGCUGCUUUGGCCAAAGCAGCUCCAGCGAGCCCCGUCUCCCCGCUGGCAGCUCCUGUGCCUGCUGCCCCCUUGGCCCCUGCCAGCUCCCCGCCUGUCACACCAGCGGUGGCAGCUCCAGCUGCCCCUCCUGCGGCCAAAGCGGCACCUGCAAGCCCAGUCACUGCCUCGACUUCUCCCCUUGCCACUGCAGCUCCACCAGCUCCAGCUGCCCCUCCUGCAGCCAAAGUGGCUCCCACGAGCCCCAUCACUGCCCCCUCAGCCCCUGCCAGCUCCCUGCCUGUCACACCGGCGGUGGCAGCUCUGGCCACCCCUUCUGUGGCCAAAGCGCCUCCUGUGAGCCUGGUCGCUGCCCCAUCUGCUCCCUCUGCCCCUGCCACACCAGCUCUUGCAGCUCCACCAGCUCCAGCUGUCCCUCCUGCAGCCAAAUCGCCUCCUAUGAGCCCUGUCACUGCCCCAUCUGCCCCCUCUGCCCCUGACAGCUCCCCGCCUGUCACACCGGCGAUGGCAGCUCCGGCAGCUCCAGCCACCCCUCCUGUGGCCAGAGCACCUUCCAAGAGCCCUGUUGCAGCCACACCAGCUCCUGCAGCUCCCGUGAGCCCAGUCACUGCCCCGUCUGCUCCCUCUGCCCCUGCCGCACCGGCGAUGGCAGCUCCACCAGCUCCGGCCGCCCCCCCCCACAGCCAAAGCGGCUCCCAAGAGCCCUGUUGCUGCUCCCUCUGCCGCAGCCACACCAGCUCCAGCUGCCCCCCCUGCAGCCAAAAAGCCUCCAAAGAGCAGCCCUGCCGCUGCCCCAUCUGCUCCCUCUGCCCCUGCUGAUCCAGUGCUGGCAGCUCUGCCAGCUCCAGCCACCCCUCCUGCGGCCAAAGCACCUCCCAAGAGCCCUGUUGCAGCCACACCAGCU